GGUGAACGGUGAGUGGAACCACUGGAGAACAGCUGGAAAACCAAGCGUCUUCGAGAAGCCUGAACGCAAGAAGGCAUGUUGCAUCGUUCCACCUCCUUAUAUGGUUGAAAAUAUCGGUGCGCCUGGGACAUUUUGGGAAGUGGACAUUGCACCAGUGCAAACACAACCGCAGAACAUCUCGCGUUACUAUGUUGUCGUUGAUGAGCGUGAACCAGCAGGAGCAACAAACUGGACGGAGCUAACUGAUAAGGUUACUGCGAAUAAGCAAAAAAUUCCGUACUACGUGGCUGCGUCAUUCAGUGCCGAUACCUUACCCGGUCCAAGAAAAGUACGAAUUGGUGACGGGUCAGUGAUCGGUGGAUAUCUGAAUUAUCCAUUGGUAAAGGGCAAAAAAUACAAUUACGAAAUUUAUUCGAUCUGGGAGCUGCAAGGAAAGCCAGCUGUCGUUGCACGUCAGCGAGUAGUAGUAUACCAUUAG